AAAAAAAAGAGUAGCCAACGCCACAGUCUCAGUCUCCCACCGGAUCAAUCAAUCACUUUCGACACCAUCACUCACUCAGAUACACACUCUCUCUCUCCCUCUCUCUCUCUCUCACUAUUUUCCCCCGCUUUUUGGCUCUCUUUCCUUUUCUACAGAGCCCAAAUUUCUCUCCCAUACAAACACAGAGCCUCGAAGUAAACGAGCCGAGAAUCUUGGAAAUCACCAAAUUCCUACAGCCGUUUUGGCCACAUUGGCUCGUCGUUUAGGGAUACAAACUCAGUCCUAUUAAGCCGCCAUUGUUAUCGUUCGUUCCUCAUCUUUGAGCUCGAUUUUGAGCUGCGAAGCCUUAGAAAAUUGAGCAUCUAUUCGGAAAUGAACUUCAAUUCGAUCAGUGAUUGAUCUCCGUGAAGCAGUUUAAUCAACGGCUGUGAUUGAGUCUCUCUACGAGAGGGAGAGAGAGAGAGAAGGGGAGCUGUCGAAGGAGGCAAUGGGAGGCGUAUUGGGUGCAAUGGAAGUUAGGGUUUCGGAAGGGAAAGGGAGAUUGAUUCGUUGAUGUUGCGCAUGGAGAGGAUGACUGCGGAUCAGGCAAAGGCGGGCCCACUCGAAAGGGACAUUGACUUGGCCAUCACUGCUCUGAAAAAAGGUGCACAGUUACUCAAGUAUGGACGCAGAGGAAAACCCAAAUUUUGCCCCUUCAGGCUGUCCAAUGAUGAAUCUGCUCUAAUAUGGUACUCAGGGAAAGAGGAGAAAUAUGUUAAACUAAGCCACGUCUCCAGAAUUAUACCUGGUCAGCGAACACAAACCUUUCAGAGGUAUCCUCGACCUGAAAAGGAAUAUCAAUCAUUUUCUCUUAUGUAUAAUGAUAGGUCUUUAGAUUUGAUAUGCAAGGAUAAAGAUGAAGCUGAAGUUUGGUUUACUGGUCUAAAAUCAUUAAUAUCACGUGGCCUUCAUCAGAAGGGGAGAGCAGAGUCAAGAAGUGGAGUUACAUCUGAAGCAAAUAGUCCGAGAUCACAUACCCAAAGAAGUUCUCCUUUGAGCUCUCCAUUUUGUAGUGGUGAUAGUUCGCAGAAGGAUGGUGUGGAACCCUUUCAUAUUCAAGCUACAUUUGAAAGCCCUCCAAAAGUUGGUUUGGAGAAGGCUUUAUCAGAUGUCAUGUUAUAUGCCCUGCCUCCAAAAAUUCCAUUUCCUUCAGAUGCUGCUUGUGGCUCGGUCCAGUCUCUGUCUUCAGGAGGUUCAGAUGGAAUGAAUGGACGAAUAAAGGGUGCAGGUGUGGAUGCUUUUAGAGUAAGUUUAUCAAGUGCUGUUAGCUCAUCAAGUCAAGGCUCUGGUCAUGAUGACGGUGAUGCUUUAGGGGAUGUUUUCAUUUGGGGGGAAGGCAUUGGUGAUUGCUUUCUGGGUGGAGGAUCACAUAGAGUUGGAAGUUCUUCUAGUUGUAAGAUGGACUCUUCUGUGCCUAAAGUCUUGGAAUCUGCUGUAGUACUUGAUGUUCAAAGUAUAGCUUGUGGUGGACGACAUGCUGCUUUCGUAACCAAGCAAGGAGAGGUAUUUUCUUGGGGCGAAGAGUUAGGAGGCAGACUUGGACAUGGUGUGGAUGCUGAUGUUUCGCAUCCAAAGCUCAUAGAUGCUCUUAAAAAUAUCAAUGUUGAAUUUUUAGCAUGCGGGGAAUACCACUCUUGUGCUGUAACACUUUCCGGUGACAUGUACACAUGGGGUGGCAGUACUUGCAAUUUCUCGCUCCUUGGCCAUGGGUUUCAAUCAAGUCAAUGGGUCCCAAAAAAGCUAAAUGGACCUUUAGAGGGGAUUCACGUCUCAUCAGUUUCUUGUGGACCAUGGCACACAGCUGUUGUGACCUCUGCUGGCCAAUUGUUUACUUUUGGAGACGGAACUUUUGGUGUUCUAGGUCAUGGGGAUCGAAAGAGUAUUCCGGUACCCAGGGAGGUUGAGUCCCUUAAAGGUCUCCGCACUGUGCGAGUAGCUUGUGGUGUUUGGCAUACUGCAGCAGUGAUUGAAGUUAUGAUGGGGUCAUCAAGUUCCAGCAACUGUUCUUCUGGAAAGCUUUUUACAUGGGGAGAUGGAGAUAAAGGUCGACUUGGACAUGGUGAUAAGGAAGCAAGACUUGUGCCCACUUGUGUUGCUGCUUUGGUUGAACCCAACUUCUGUAAAGUUGCUUGCGGACAAAGUCUGACUGUUGCACUUACAACUACGGGCCAUGUUUACACAAUGGGAAGCCCUGUUUUUGGUCAACUAGGGGUCCCUCAAGCUGAUGGGAAACUUCCAUGCCGUGUGGAGGGAAAGCUACUGAAGAGUUUUGUUGAAGAAAUUGCUUGUGGUGCUUAUCAUGUUGCAGUUUUAACUUCGAGAACUGAAGUUUACACUUGGGGAAAGGGUGCAAAUGGUCGAUUAGGUCUUGGGGAUACAGAAGAUAAAUUUUCGCCGACAUUAGUUGAGGCUUUGAAAGACAAACAAGUCAAGAGUAUUGUUUGUGGCACUAACUUUACAGCAGCUAUCUGUCUUCAUAAAUGGGUCUCUGGUAUUGAUCAUUCGAUGUGUUCUGGCUGUCGCCUUCCAUUUAAUUUUAAAAGAAAAAGACACAAUUGUUAUAAUUGUGGACUUGUGUUAUGCCAUUCAUGCAGCAGCAAAAAGUGUCUCAAGGCUUCCAUGGCACCAAACCCAAACAAACCUUAUCGUGUCUGUGACAACUGUUUUAGCAAACUUAGGAAGGCAACCGAAACCAACUCUUCAUCUGGGCCUGCUUUUAGUAGAAGAGGAAGUAUGAAUCAGGGAUUCAAUGAACUAAUUGAAAACAAUGUUAAGGAAAUGGAAAGUGGAUCUUCCAAAAGAAACAAGAAACUGGAUUUUAGCAGCAAUUGCGUUACUCCCAUUCCAAAUGGAGUUUCUGAGCGCCGUGCAGUCAAUGCGACUAAAUCUUUCAACCCAAUGUUUGGAUCAUCCAAAAAGUUUUUCUCAGCUUCGCUUCCUGGAUCCAGAAUUGCAUCCCGAGCAACAUCACCAACAUCAAGACGGUCUAGUCCACCUCGUGCAACAACCCCAACCCCAGCUCUUUCAGGGCUUACUUUGCCAAAAGUUGUGGAUGAUGCUAAAAGGACAAAUGACAGUCUGAGUGAAGAAGUUCUUAAAUUAAGAGCUCAGGUUGAAGAUCUUACUCGUAAAGCUCAACUUCAAGAUAUUGAGAUGGAACGAACUACCCAACAGUUGAAGGAGGCUCUCACAGUAGCAGGGGAAGAAACUACAAAAUGUAAAGCAGCGAAGGAAGUAAUUAAGUCGCUCACAGCCCAAUUAAAGGAAAUGGCUGAAAGGUUACCGAUUGGAACAGCAAGAAACAUUGAUACUCGUCCAUUAGACUCUCCCAGUCCCACUCAUGAAGUUUCUACUGCAGCCAUUGAGAAAACAAGCAGUCCAUUGACUUUCCAUGAACCAUAUUCAGUUGUAUCAAACAGCUUGACGAUUUCUGACUUGCCAAAGUCCUGCAAUAACCACACUUCAAAUCACACUGAAGUGACACAUUCAGAAGCAACAGCUAGGCAUAAGAACAGGGGAACAAAAACUGAAGCAACACAUGGGGUUGAAUGGGUUGAGCAAGAUGAGCCUGGUGUAUAUAUUACCCUUGUUUCCUUGCCUGGAGGAGUCAAAGAUCUCAAGCGUGUCCGCUUCAGUCGAAAGCGGUUCAGUGAGAAACAAGCAGAACAGUGGUGGGCGGCAAAUAGGGGUAGAGUAUAUCAGCAGUACAAUGUUCCGGUGGUUGAAAAACCGGGUAUUCCCAUGGGGAGAGAAGGGUUAGCUCAUUGAGCUUGUAAUGUGAAGAUAUAAGUGGAAGGGCAUGGGGAGAGAGAAUGGUUAGCAUAUUGCACCUUUAGUUUUUCAUUUUAAGGAGGCAAUGUGGUAUUUUUUUUCUCUCUUCCCUUGAAUUUUGUCGUUACCCUUCUUAUUCUUUGGCCCUUGAAUGUAUUGUCAACUCACCUAUGCCUUUUUCUUUUUCUUUUUUUUUUUGUUUUCUUCUUUUGGGGAGGGAAGUGAUA